CCCUUGCAGGUGCCCGGCGUGGCUGCGCAGCCCCCCAAGACACUGGGCUACGUGGAGCUCGGCCCCUCAGGGCUGCUCAAGCCAGGCCCCUAUGGCGCCUUCAAGCCGGCCGGGCGUCUCUUCACGGGCGCUGAGCCCAAGGCUGAGCCUCCUGCCGGCCCCUGGGCCUGGCCAUGGCCCCAGAACCGGACGGGCACGGAGGGGGGUGGUCCAGCGCGGCGCAAAGCUGGGCGCGCCCGCAAGCUCUUCGGCUGGGGCGACUUCUAUGUGAACAUCCGCACGCUCAAGUUCAGCCUCCUGGUGACGGGCAAGAUUGUGGACCACGUCAACGGCACCUUCAGCGUCUACUUCCGCCACAACUCGUCCAGCCUGGGCAACGUCUCGGUCAGCAUCGUGCCGCCCUCCAAGGUGGUGGAGUUCGACCUGGUGCUGCCGCGGCCCCUGGUGCCCAUGCCCGCCCCGGUGCCGGCGCAGUCCACGCUGCCCAAGGCCUUCAACUGCCACGUGGAGUACGAGCAGACCAAGCGUGCCCGCAAGCCGCGGCCCUGCCUGUAUGACCCGGCGCAGGCGUGCUUCACAGAGCACACGCAGAGCCACGCUGCCUGGCUCUGCGCCAAGCCCUUCAAAGUCAUCUGUGUCUUCGUCUCCUUCCUCAGUCUCGACUACAAGCUGGUGCAGAAGGUUUGCCCCGACUACAACUUCCAGAGUGACCGUCCCUAUUUUGGCUGAACCCCCCCGCUCCCCCCUCCCCUCAGCCCCGGGGGCAGAGCGGAACGGACGUGAGCUCCCCGUGGGCACCCGGAGCUUUGCAUGGCACCGCGUGGGGCAGGAACGGGGCUGCCAGGGCAGCCCCACCAUGUGCCCGCCUGGGGCGGGGCUGCACCCUGGACUACAGACCGGGCCAGGAGCGGGGAGACACCCAUGGACCAGCUUAACACCCCACAGCCUGAGCACCGCAGGGGGCCGGACAGAUGGACAGUGCUACUCCAUUCAGCCCCCGCCCUCACAGGCACCAUGCGGGGAUGGACGGAUGGACGGAUGCUGCGGGGGGUGGGGGCUGAGAGGGACAGGGGGUGGGACUGCAGUCGUGGCGUGGAGGUGACACAUGUGGGGUAUGCGUGUGUACAUUGGUGUGUGUCGGUGUGUGAAGGGACUAUUCAAGCCAGGGGCUGCACUGGGAGAUCCUUGCCAGGUUGGGAGGUGGCCCUGCUGCCUGCCAGGCCCCGGUGGGGCAGGGGGCUGUACUGCCCAAGCCCCCCCCCGUCCUGCCAGCUCCAGACAGGAGGGGGCCACCACGUGUGUGUGCACACACGUGUUGGCACAGGCUGGACGUGUGUGUACAUGCGUGGCCAGGAAUGGGGGUUGUGUGCAUGCAUGAGUGUAUGUGCAUGUAUGUGUGUAGGACCACCCCAGGCUGUGCACACACAUGGAGCCGCACGCGCCUGUAUCUGGGUAUCCCCAUGUGCAGCUCUGUGGGCUAUAGGACCUGGCCUUCUCCUUGCCCCUUCCUGGGGACCCCGCUACACCCGCCGGCCCUGGGGGUCCAUGCAGACCCCCCAGCGGGCAGUGCCCCCUGCCCAGGCCCUGUGUGUCCCCCGGCCUGCAGCUCCCCCACCCCUCAGGCUCCCAGGCCUGGUGCAGCCCGCCCCCCCUCCAUCCCCGUAGGAUGUGUGUAUGUGCGUGUGCGUAAGUGAAGAAGCAGCGUGUCACGGACGGGGGGCUGUGCCUGGGCACGCAGGUGGGUGCUACCCCCCAGAUGCCAUCUGCUCCCGGUGCCCUGCCCCAGGCUGUGCUGGAGGGUGUGGGGAGCCCCCAGCCCCUCCCCAGGAGGCACCGGGCAGAGACUUCUUCAUAUUUUUAUAACAAAAAUGUGGGAAAGAAAAGAUGGAAAAGAAACUCAAUAAAAAGGACUGGUGGA